AUGUUAUCAAGCAUUGUACAAAAAUAUAGUGAAAGACAACAAGCUAUUAAUGAACUUGGAAAAACAUGUGACAUUAGUAAAGACAAAUUUAAGAAAUGUCAAAGUGAUUUAAAUAAGAUGAAAAAAGAGGAUAUUGAUGCCAUUCUAUUAUUUGAAUUAGAGUUUGGCAAAUUGCGUUUAUUAACCAAUUCAAAAAUAGACGAAAAUGAAUCUAUCCUUUCUUCCACAGAUGCAUUAAGACUUCUAAACUAUGUUUCUAUUAAUAAAAAACUUAGAAAAUUACCUCCAAGAUUUGAAAUAUCAGUGGUAGAAUUAAAUUCUACAGGACUCUCAGAAGAAGGAAUUUUUCAGAAAAUUGGAGAAACGGGAACAAAGACAAUUUUUAUUGAAGGACUUGUUUUGAACGCUCCAGAGUCACUGCACAUUGCAAAAGAGUCAAGAAAUUUCCUUGAUUUUCCACAUAUUGUCAGAAAUAUAUCUCUGGGUGUAAAUGAAGAAAUUCGUAAAAUAACAUGCAAUCCAAACACUGAUCAAUUUUAUGUCAGUGGUUUCAAUAAAACCAUCAAACACAUGAACACAGACGGGAAAGUGCUGGCAAAGAUCAAAAAUAAAGCAUUUCGUCCAUCUGAUUUGAAGGUUACCAGAGAAGGACAUCUUAUAUUCAUUGACUGUAAUGUAAUUAACAUAGUUAGAAAUGGAAGGAUAGAAAUCAUGGUCGAAAUAUCUGACUCAGAAUGGCAACCAGAUGCCAUCUGCAUUACAUUUAGGGAUGACCUUUUGGUACAUUUUUUAUCUUUAAAUACAUCAGAAGAUUUUGUGCUUAGGAAAAUUGUCCGUUAUUCUGGUUUUGAAGUCACAAAAGAAAUACAAUUUAAAUCCUGUGAUAAUGACUUAUUUUCAUCAUAUGUACCUUGCAUUGUUGAAAACAAGAACUAUGACAUUGUAGUCAAUGAUAUAAAUUCUGUAACUGUAAUGGAUCAUGAAGGCAAGUUCAAGUUUAACUAUGGCAAUAAUUCUAAUUCCCCAAAAUACAAAGACAUCAUCCCUUGUGGCUUAGUUGUAGACAGUAUGCGUCAUAUUCUUAUAGCUGACGGUGGGAACAACAUUAUACACAUCAUUGAUCAAAUCGGACAGUUUCUUCGGUAUAUAGACAAUUGUGGAAUUCAUGAACCAUGUAACCUAAGUAAAGACAGUAAUGACAUAUUGUUUGUUGCAGAAUCAGAAAUCCAUCAAGUGAAACAAAUCAAGUAUUUUGAUUAA